CCAGGGGUGUGGUAGCCGGCUGUCCUCUCGACUUUUGCCGUCACCCCCCUCCUGCCGGCCUGCUCCUGUCGCGAGACUUCCUGCUCCUCCGCCGCUCCCCUUAUCGUCGCGUUUGCUGGGGACCCGGACCCAGCCUCUCCCCCACUCGGUCACCAGCUCGGGCUCCUCCGAGGCCUCGGUCCCCCAGCCCCGCCUCGCCGCCGCCAUGGCGGACCCUAAAUACGCCGAUCUCCCCGGCAUUGCCAGGAACGAGCCAGAUGUUUACGAAACCAGCGACCUACCUGAAGAUGAUCAAGCAGAGUUUGAUGCGUUUGCACAAGAGCUGGAGGAACUGAGCAGCACAAGUGUGGAGCACAUCAUUGUCAACCCCAACGCUGCCUACGACAAGUUCAAGGACAAGAGAGUGGGGACAAAGGGGCUUGAUUUCUCCGAUCGCAUUGGAAAGACCAAGAGGACAGGAUAUGAGUCUGGAGACUAUGAAAUGCUUGGAGAGGGUCUGGGAGUGAAGGAGACACCGCAGCAGAAGUACCAACGACUACUGCAUGAAGUCCAAGAGCUGACAACUGAGGUGGAGAAGAUCAAGACGACAGUGAAGGAGUCGGCCACCGAGGAGAAGCUCACCCCUGUGGUGCUGGCUAAGCAGCUGGCCGCCCUGAAGCAGCAGCUGGUGGCUUCCCACCUGGAGAAGCUCCUGGGACCAGAUGCUGCAAUCAACCUUGCCGACCCAGACGGAGCCCUAGCUAAGCGCUUACUGCUGCAGCUGGAAGCAACUAAGAGCAGCAAAGGCAGUUCAGGGGGGAAGGCCACAGCUGGGGUUCCCCCAGACAGCAGCCUGGUCACUUAUGAACUCCACUCACGGCCUGAGCAGGACAAGUUCUCACAAGCUGCCAAAGUUGCAGAACUCGAGAAGCGUCUGACAGAGCUGGAGGCCACUGUCCGAUGUGAUCAGGAUGCUCAGAAUCCCCUUUCUGCAGGUCUACAGGGAGCCUGCCUUAUGGAAACAGUAGAACUGUUGCAAGCCAAAGUGAGCGCCCUGGACCUUGCAGUUCUGGACCAAGUAGAGGCUCGGCUUCAGAGUGUCCUGGGAAAAGUGAAUGAGAUUGCUAAGCACAAGGCAUCCGUGGAGGACGCAGACACGCAGAACAAGGUGCACCAGCUCUAUGAAACCAUCCAGCGCUGGAGCCCCAUCGCCUCCACCCUCCCUGAGCUGGUACAGCGACUUGUCACCAUCAAGCAGCUGCAUGAACAAGCUAUGCAGUUUGGCCAGCUCCUGACACACUUGGAUACCACCCAGCAGAUGAUGGCCAGUUCCCUGAAGGAUAAUACCGCUCUCCUGACCCAGGUGCAGACGACGAUGCGUGAAAACUUGGCCACCGUCGAGGGGAACUUUGCCAGCAUUGAUGCUCGGAUGAAGAGGCUGGGAAAGUGAGCGCCAGUGGGAGCUGGGGAGCGGGGAUGACCCUUGCCCCCAGCUUUGUCAGACACUUCCACAGGGUCACUCACAGUCCCAACCCACCUGACAAGGGUUCUUCUUGCAUGUGGGGUACACACCCUCCCAACAAAUAGAGUGGGAGCUGGGGACUCUUACUGGAUGAGGUUGUGGGCCCAGCCACAUGCAGUUCAUGUCCAGUAAGUGCUUUGCCUGCUGUGGGAGAGAGAGGACUGGAUCCUGUCCUCUAACAUCUCUGGCUGAGUCUAAUACUGUACAACUGUCUCUGACCAUUAAAUGCUGUUGUACCGUGGA